AUGGGUUCUCGUAAACCCGAAUGGAAAAGGCAAAGAUCAGCCUCGAUGUUUGACAAUUCACAAUUGGCAAAUGUUCAAUCAACUCAACAAGGAAACGAAAUAUUUGAUUCAAAUUUUCCACUUUCACAAACUUCUAUAAAUGCAUUGUUUUCCACCGAUACUGGAUUUAAUACGUUUCCUUCAACAUCCGCUCAAUAUACUUCUUUUGUUCAACCGAUGCAAAAUUAUAUGCAACAACAAUCAAAUUCACAACAACAACAACAGCAGGCACAACCUCAGAUAGCCAAACCAUACCAUUCAAUCAUAUCGCCUUUUCCGCUUGAACUUGAUAAGCGAUAUACAAAUCAAGAGAAGAUCGACAUCUUGGGAAAACGAAAAGGUAAACAAAAGAAUCCAUCGGAAAACGUACAAUGCUUUUGGGCUCUACUAUCUAUUCGUCCAAAAGAUUUCUCGAACUUUGCUUUCCUUCAUCUCGAUCCGACGUUGGAAGAAUCAUUGGGACGCAGUUUUGAACAAUUGAUCGGUACCAGUGUGCUUGACAUGAUCCACCCUAAUGAUGCAAAUAUGAUCCGAUUCAACAUCCUACAAUACGCUUCAGAAAAAGGAAACAAAGGUAAAAUGGUUCGAUGUACGAUGAAAAGCGCAAGAUCGAUGGGUAAAUACGUUUCUUCCUCUUCGCAAGAUGAAGUAAGGAUGGAAUCUUACAGUUUUGAUCAAUUAACAGAUGUUCGAAUGGAGUUGAUCGGAGAUGAAAUGAUUUUAUGCUUCUUUCAUGCUGUUGAAGACCGUUCGAGACGAGGAGAUGAUCGAUUGGCAAAUUUAUGUGAAACAUCUUUGGACUCUUUUAAUGAUCAAUGGUGUCAAUCUUUGUGGCAACACGUCUUUUCGAAAAGGAUGGUAGAACAAAGUAUGGUUGAAAGACUUCAUAAUGGACAUCCGAUCAAAGUCUUUCAAAUCUUGUCAAACGUAUCAAAACCAUCGAUGUUAUUUUCGUGGCCGCCACCAAGAUUGUUCGAUUCAAUGAUUGAUGAAUCAAACAAAUCCGAUACAGAGACGUAUAGAGAUGGAAGUUAUUUUGCAGAUGUGUUUGCCCGUUCGGCAUUCGAAACAGAUUUCAGAGAAGAAGAUAUAGGCUUAUCUCAACAUAUGAACGCUUGCAAUAAACGACAUCUCAAAGCAACCACAAUCACAGCAGACGGAUUAAGGAUCGAAUUUGAAAUUUUGGUCAUUCCGCGCGGUGACAUUAGGUUUGCCGUCUUUUCAAUUUUCAAAGCAGAAUAUGUUACCGAAGAAGUUGCACAAUCAGCAUUUCGUCAACCUCAACAACCAUCAUUCGCCACCACAACUUCUGAUCAGAAUCAACAAUCUCCAGCGCAAUCAUUUUACCCACAAUUACAACUUAAUCAAACGCUCCCGACGACUAUUCCUUCUUUUCAAUCAAUGCCAGCUGCAUCGAAUCCAUACUUUGUUCAAAUGUCACAAAUGUUCUAUAAUAUGCCCUCAGCAAGGAUGAUUGAUAAUGCCGAUUUAAGUGAAUAUGGCAGAAGAUCCAGUUUACAAGUCGAUCCCAUCACAAGCCAGCCUUCUGCUUCUAUGGCCAACAACACUUUUUUGCAAUCGAAUCAAUCACGAGACGAACAAAGUCAACAUGUUGAUCUGUCAGGAUAUAGAGGACGACGUCAAGAUAUCAUGCCAUCUUCUCAUCCAGUCCAACGUCCAAGACACCAAUCAAUCUCCUAUUUCGAAUCACCCGGAAAAAAAUGUUUAACAUGUGGAACGUCGAAAAGUCCAGAAUGGCGCAAAGGACCUGAUGGAAAUAAGAGUUUAUGUAACGCAUGUGGAUUAAGAUUUUCCAGAAAUGCUUCAAGGGUGAAAAAGAAAGAAGAAAAAGCAAGAAAUGCAGCAGAAGUGGCAGCAAACGGAGGAGUGAUUCCAGUUCAUUUACGUAGAAAAUUUGAAGCUGAAAGAGAUCGAAAAAAGAUUUCUAUACAAAAACCUUCUCAAUCAACAUCACAACAACAAACCCAAUCACAAUCACAACAACCAACUCAAAUGGACUUAGCCGGAUUGAGUGCUUUUGCCAACAUUUCACCGGAAUUGGAUAUACAAAUACCAUCUUCUAUGCUCGCAUCUUCGUCAAGAUUGGAUAGUGGUCUGACAGAAAGCACAAGUUCAAUUGAAGAUUUUAUGACAGACUACGAAAUGGAUAUCAAAGAUGAAUUCGGCUCAUCGUCAUAA